CUCUCCCUCGCCCUCUCCCUCCUUCUCGCCAUGGCCCUGACGCUCCCGCGCGGCGUGCGCGCCUUCAGCGUCUCGGCGCGCGCCGCCGCCGGUCCGCGGCAGGCGCGCAACGGGCAGGACCCGAUGAACAUCAAGGAGAUGGGCGCCUUUGCCUACGACGACAUCCCCUCGCUCGGCCACGCCCUGCUGGCGCGCAAGCGCGAGCUGCUGCGCUAUGCGCGCAUUGCCGCGACGGAGAUGCCCAAGCUCAAGGAGUUCGCAAAGCCCUACGCGCCGCCCGCCGCCGACGCCGUGCUGCGUGUGCGCUCGCACCACUACCAGGGCGAGGCACACCCGGCGGCGCGCAAGACCGUGCUGACGGUGCGCGUGUCCGACCUGCUGCGCAUCCAGGCGCUCGACUCCGACGCCGCGGCCCACAAGCUGCGCCUGCUUGCGGGCACGCGCUACGAGGCGCCCAGCGGCAGGCAUGCCGAAGGCUCGCUCAAGAUCGCGUGCGAACGCUUCCCGCACGAGGCACAGAAUCUGCGCUGGGUCGCAGAGCGCGUGCAGCUGCUGUGCAAGGAGGCAAACACAAAUCCAUCAGACGUCGCCUCCGUGCCGCUCGACGAGCGAGCAUCUUUGGUGCGCGAGAGCAAGCGCAAGGGCCUGGCGCGGCAUCAGGCGCCGACGCUGCACGACUUUCCCCAGGAGUGGCUGUGAUGGGCGGCUGUGGUGUGGCACGCUUUCUCACCCUAAUAGAACCUCGCUGUGUCAUCAUCCAAUCUUGGCGCUGCGACCGCACAGGGCGGUGCUGCAGCGUUGCGUAGCGUUGCCCGAGAGGCGGCGCAAGUAGAGUAGCCAGAGCGCCGUCUCUGCAGUCGCGCAGCCCUUUGGCUUGCUUCACUCUGCAUCGCGUGGGCUAUCGCGUCAUCAUUACUCCAUAUCCCCCCCCCUUGCCCCGCGGCAGGGAAACCUAGACGAUGCUCUCGAGCUCCUUUGCAAACUGCAG